AUUAAGUGUUUGUAAGCGUUUGUUUGUUAUUACUUAGAUUUAUUUAGCUGCAAAAAGUCGAUUAGAGAGUUACACAACCGAUGAAGAAGUGAUUGGUUAUGGACGUUACAAUACCAGAGGAUAUUUCUUAUCUAAAUUUUCUAAAUGAAAAGAACACGAGUUAUCUGCUUCAAAAUAAUGGGUUGGAAAUACAGGAGGUUGACUCGUUGACUGAUGAGCCUAUGCUCACUGAGUUCGAGGAUGGAAAUUCAGCAUGGACCAUAAACGGAGUUCCUGUUUAUUUGAACACGUUAGCAGAGGCAGAAGAUCAAGAAACAGAUGAAAACGUUCUGACUAAAACUGUGGAAAAUCCAGAGGAAACAACUGAAUAUCCUUUGGAUAUAUCCAAAGGCUUCUUGACUUCUUCCGGAUUAUUCUUAUCCAGUGAUGUGCUGCUGCAGCUGAACCUGCAGAACGAUCAGAUUAAAACCGAUGUUGUGACUCAGACCAAUGUGGCAAAGAGUGAGGAGGAGGUGAACUCUGAUGCGCUGAAAUCGAGCGUCGAUGAUCUGAUCGAGGUAGUCUCGAUGCACAGAUGCAAGCAUUGCUCGGCGUACUUCGAAAGUUACGAUGAUAUCGUGGAGCACGUGAAGAGCGUCUGCUUGGAGAAGGUGCAGAAGAUCAUACCGCCGAAAGUGCAGAGGAUGAGUUCCAUACUCAAAACAGCCGACAACAAGAACGCUGUGGUCAAGGAUAUUUAUCUGUGCGGGAUGUGCGAGGGCGUUGGAUAUGAAAGUAUUGAUAAUUUAAAGAAACACAUGUUAACUAAACACAAUUUGACUUAUAAGGGUGAACUUGAGGCCAAGACUAAUGCAGAGGAGAAGCCAAAGAGUACCAAUGGUUUGUUUCAAAGUAUCGUGAAUAAGCAGCAGUUGGAAGGGAAGAGAGUUAAGUGUCUUAUAAAAGGUUGUGAUUCGCGUUUUUCGAAACUCGAGUUGAUGAUGCGCCAUCACUCGUGUCACGUCGACGAAAACAAGAAGAAGUUCAAGUGUCCGGAAUGCGACCAAAUUUUCUUCGCUUGGAGGAUGUGCAGGGCUCAUCUGUGGAAGUGCCAUAAAGUCGAUAUAGGACUUUACACGUGCGCCGUCUGCAACGUCUUCAAAUCACAAUCUCCCCAUAGUUUAUUGGUGCAUAUGGCCAGUCACGACACGGAGAAACCAUUCCUUUGCUCGACUUGCGGCCACGGUUUCAAGCAAUUGGCGCAGCUCAGAAAUCACAAAGUUGCGGUGCACAAGGAAUCCAUUGAGAACGCUAAUUGGAUAGCCAAAGUCAGUUGCACGACUUGCGGUCGCAUUUUCUCAACUUCUAAGAAUCUCAAGAAGCACGUUCAGGCCGUUCACAACAAGUACAAGCCUUUCAUAUGCAACAUCUGUGGUCAUUCUUGCGCAAGAAAAGCAAUGCUUGAGUUGCAUCUCAGGCAGCACACUGGGGAAAAGCCUUACAAAUGUCAGAUCUGCGAUUACAAAACUGGGGAUCACAAUUCGCUGAGGAGACACGUCGGCCGGCAUUACGGGGUGCUGAAAUAUUCGUGUCCGCAUUGUAGUUAUCAAUGCAUGCAGUCGACUGCGUACAAGAUGCACAUCAAAAGGAAACAUCCGGGCAAAGGUGGAGUCUUCGCAUGUCUGGUUUGUUCUUACGAAACUGUCAACGAGCAGAUGUACAAUGAUCACGUCAGAGGACACGAGCUUGCUAACGUUCCCAUCAGUAAACUGCAAACGACAAGUGGAGCAAGUGAUGCACCAAUUGAAACUACUGUGGCUGAAUUGAAAGUGGUGCCGAGUGUUGAGGAUGAGGAGACGCAACCGGGAUUGUUCAGUUCGGAUAAUUUGGAGGAGUUGGCCGUGGAUACCGGUGGUAUAACGAUUCCAGCCGGCUCAGAAAUGCAGGUUAUGGUUCUUGUGCAAUUUCCCUUGGAUGCUUUGGAUUUGAAUUAAAAGAUGUUAUGAGAUAAUGUCGCCGAGGGUC